UCAUCCAACUCAAGAGGCAGCCACCACCACCCAACAAAAUCACCACACACACACACCCUUUCACAAAACCAAACUCUGAAUCCAAAGCUUAACAAACUCUGUGUCUUUCACUGAACAAAAAAGGAAAUAUAUUAUAUAUAAACACUACCCCAUUUCUCUACGUCUUUUCAUAAUAUAAUUCGCAUUCAAGUUCCUCUCUUUGUUGUUGGGUUCUUUUUGCUUUUCACAAAAAAUGGAUUGUUGGUCUUCUUCUUUAACGGUGGAUGAAGAGUUUGAGAAGCUCGUUAUUCGUAUGAACCCACCAAGGGUUACAGUUGAUAAUGCAACAAGCAGGAAUGCAACUUUGAUUAAGGUUGAUAGUGCUAAUAAGAGAGGAAGCCUUUUAGAAGUGGUUCAGGUUUUAACGGAUUUAGAUCUUUUAAUUCAACGAGCUUACAUUUCUUCAGAUGGGGAAUGGUUCAUGGAUGUGUUUCAUGUCACAGAUCAACAUGGCAAUAAGCUAUCUGAAGUUGAUGUUGCAGAGAAAAUUCAACAGCAACUGGGACCGAGAUCGUAUAGUUUCCGGUCCUUGACAAGAUCUGUGGGUGUCCAAGCUGCUUCAAAACAAACAAUUAUUGAACUGACAGGGAGAGACCGACCAGGUUUGUUGUCGGAGAUUUUUGCUGUUCUUACCGACCUUAAAUGUAAUGUCGUAGCUGCUGAAGUAUGGACUCAUAACUCAAGAAUGGCAUCGGUUGUUUACAUUGCUGACGAGACAACUGGAUUAUCGAUCGACAACCCUGAAAGACUAACGAAGAUCAAACAGCUUCUCCUCUAUGUCCUGAAAGGGGAUAGAGAUAAGAUGAAUGCUAACACCGCUGUUUCGUUAGGAUCGAUGCAUAAGGAAAGGAGGCUGCAUCAAAUGAUGUAUGCUGAUCGUGACUAUGAUAUGAGUGAUGCUAACAGUGGAUCAACAAGUGAUAGGAGUAAACCGCUAGUAACCGUGGAAAAUUGUGAACAUAAGGGUUACACCGUUGUAAACUUGAGGUGCCCCGAUCGGCCUAAGCUACUAUUUGAUACAGUUUGCACAUUGACAGAUAUGCAGUAUGUUGUAUACCAUGCGACCGUCAUAGCAGAAGGACCUGAAGCUUAUCAGGAAUACUAUAUCCGGCACAUGGAUGGUUGCCCUAUUAGCUCCGAAGCCGAGCAACAAAGGGUAAUCCAUUGUUUAGAGGCAGCUAUCAAAAGACGAGCUUCCGAGGGCAUAAGAUUAGAACUUUGCAGUGACGACCGAGUCGGCCUUCUAUCGGAUGUGACUCGCAUAUUCAGAGAAAAUGGUCUUUCUGUCACUCGAGCGGAGGUUAAAACAAGGGGUUCCCAAGCCGUAAACAUAUUUUACGUGACUGAUGCAUCUGGGAAUCCAGUAAAAAGUGAAACAAUUGAAGCAGUUCGAAAAGAGAUUGGUCUUACUAUACUCCACGUGAAGGACGAUGCCUACUCGAAAUCCCCGCUACAAGAGAGUCGGAUAUUCUCAUUGGGAACGCUAUUCAAAUCUCGAUCCGAAAAGAUUCUUUACAACCUGGGAUUGAUAAAGUCAUGUUCUUGAAGUGUAAAUUGUUGACAAAAAUCUGGAUUUAGACAUAGCCAUUUUCAGCUUGUAAAAAAAAAAGCUCAUGUAAAUACAUUUCUUUGGCUUCCAUCUCAUGGUCUUAAAGACUACUGUAAAUACAUAUAUGUUACUCU